GAUAUGCUAGCUCUCCUAUAAAAGGAGUCGCAAGAACUCUUAGAUAACACUCAAGCAUUAACAAACGAGCUUACUAGCUAGCUCGACCGGAGAGUUCAAAGAUGGUGCGCAGUAGGAAAUCACUAGCUUUGUUUUCUUUGCUUUGCAUUCAGGUUCUUGCAGUGAGUGUUGUUGCGAGGAAUGUAGUGAGUGUGAGGAACGAUGAGGAGGAAAAGAACUUGGGCACUGGGUUUGGCAGCGGAGCUGGAGGUGGAGCAGGUGGGGGUGGUGGUGGUGGUUUUGGAGGCGGCUCUGGCGGUGGUGCUGGAGGUGGGGCAGGUGGUGGCUUUGGAGGCGGUAGUGGUGGUGGCUUUGGUGGUGGAGCUGGAGGAGGUGGUGGAGCCGGAGGAGGUGGUGGCAUUGGUGGUGGGUCUGGCGGUGGUGGAGGAUUAGGUGGUGGUCAUGGGGUCGGAGGUGGAGCUGGUGGUGGUGGAGGAUUAGGUGGUGGCCAUGGCGUUGGUGGUGGGAUUGGCAAAGGUGGAGGCAUUGGCGGUGGAAUAGGUAAAGGUGGUGGUGCCGGGGGAGGUUUUGGAAAGGGUGGCGGCAUUGGUGGUGGAAUAGGUAAAGGUGGUGGUGCCGGGGGAGGUUUUGGUAAGGGUGGAGGCCACGGUAUUGGUGGCGGAAUUGGAGGUGGUGGCGGCUUUGGCAAGGGUGGAGGUCAUGGUGUUGGUGGUGGAUUUGGUAAAGGUGGUGGAACUGGAGGUGGCGGCGGUUUUGGCAAGGGUGGAGGCCAUGGUAUUGGUGGUGGAAUUGGAAAGGGUGGCGGAAUUGGAGGUGGCGGUGGUUUUGGUAAGGGUGGAGGCCAUGGUGUUGGUGGUGGAUUUGGGAAAGGAGGAGGCAUUGGAAAGGGUGGUGGAAUUGGAGGAGGUGCUGGAGGUGGAUUUGGAAAAGGUGGAGGAAUAGGGAAAGGUGGUGGCAUUGGAGGCGGAGCUGGUGGUGGAGCUGGUGGCGGAGCUGGAGGAGGCUUUGGUAAGGGUGGUGGAGUAGGUGGUGGAAUCGGCAAAGGCGGUGGAAUUGGUGGUGGUGGUGGUUUCGGUAAAGGCGGUGGCAUUGGAGGAGGUAUCGGUAAAGGUGGAGGAUUUGGUGGCGGCAUUGGAGGUGGAGGUGGCUCCGGUGGUGGAAUAGGAGGCGGAUUUGGCAAAGGUGGUGGUAUUGGUGGAGGAGUAGGAGGAGGCUCUGGUGGAGGCGGCGGAUUUGGUGGCGGAUUCGGAGGAGGAGCCGGCGGAGCAGCUGGGGGAGGCGGGGGAUUUGGCAGUGGAGGUGGUGGUGGAAUUGGAGGCCACUGAAAGAGCUGCCCUACAGUGGUUUAACGUGCAUGUUGGAAUUAAUGAGAUAGUGCAAUGAUCGAAUUAUUAUCAUGUGUUCUCUUGCUACUAAAUUAUUUAAUUUUGUUUAAAGAGAUUACAAGUUUAAAUAAUCUAGUUGUGGUUAAUGAGAAACUCUACUUGUAUUAUCAGUGCUUAAUUUUCUGAAAUUUUAUUAGUAGUGAAUGGAUCUUUGGACAUAUAUGCAAGUAACUACUUUGAAUUGA